AUGGUUAAGGAGAAGAAGGUGGCAGCAGCCGCCACCGAGGCUGAGGCAAAGCUUCUAGUGGAGCUGCUGGUCGGAGUGACCGACGGCGACCACGAACGCUUUCUGCUUAAGAUCAAAGAUCGCUUCGACCGCGUCGGCAUGGAGCUUCCGACGAUCGACUUGCGCGCCGAGGAUCUGGCGGUGCAGGUGGAGGCCAAUGCCGGAGGACGAGCGGCACCCAACAUCUUCAACUCCAUGACCAACACUGUCUUGGAUGCUGCGGACACACUGCAAUUUCUACCCAGCAAUUGGAAGACCAAGUAUACCAUCCUGCAUAAAACCAGUGCUGUCUUCAGGCCACGAAGAAUGACUCUGCUAUUAGGGUCUCCAGGAUCUGGGAAAACUACAUUGCUCAAAGCAUUGAUUGGAAAGCUAGACUCAGGAGUCAAGGUUUCGGGGAAGAUCACUUACAAUGGGCGCGAAAUGAAUGAGAUCGUCCGUGAGAAGAUUGCCGCAUAUGUAAGCCAAAGUGACCUCCACAGUGAGGAGAUGACUGUAAGGGAGACGCUGGCCUUCUCUGCGAAAUGCCAAGGUGCCGGCGAUGGUUACGAUUUGUUAACUGAGCUGAUGAGAAGGGAGAGGGAAGCAAACGUCACGCCCGAUGUCCACAUCUCCUUGUUCAUGAAGGUCAAAUUGCCCUACCAAUGCCCUACUAUAAUUGCGUUUGUUUAA